AUGGCGCCGGCGAACAAUCUCUUGUCGACUCUUCGCGAGAAGCUGUACCGCCACAAGCCAGAAUUGGGUAUAUCGCUGAACCGGGACCGCAAUGGUGUCCGCGGAGGGUCAGAGGACGACAUUGCCCGUCGCAUAGAAGAACAGGAGGGAAGUGGCUGGUCCAGUGAGGAUGCGUCGGGGUCGGACUCAUCGAGCGCAACUCCGUCUGCCCAGAGCGCCAAAAGCUUGGAUGAGUUCCUCGACAACGAUGACCCUCCGAAGAUCAAAUGCCAUUACGGUCAAUUACCUGUGAUGCAAUCGCAGAAUGAAGCCGCCGAAAAUGGAGAACAUACCGGCUGGACAUCUCUAACCGAUCUCACUCCUGACUCGAUCGGCCAAGAAGUCACCUUUCGCGCGCGGAUCCAUCUUGUGAGGCAUAUGAGCGCAAAACUCGCCUUCGUCAUUUUUCGGGAACAGACAACCACGGUCCAAGGCGUGCUCAGCAUGAAACAAGGCCAGAUAUCCGAGAACAUGGUGAGGUGGGCUCACCAUAUACGGUCUGGGACGAUAGUGGUGGUCAAAGCCAGAGUCAAAGAACCCGAGCAGACAGUCAAGUCAUCCAGCGCACACCAUCUUGAGCUGGAGAUUAUGGAGAUGCAUAUCGUAUCCGCCAGAACCAGCCCUGUCCCCUUCAGUGUCUAUGAGGCCGAGGCAGCAACAGACGGGCACUCCAUCGCCGACCGGGUGAGAUUGGCCAACCGCAUCCUAGACCUGCGAACUCCCACGUCCCAGGCAAUCUUCAGAAUCCAAUCUGCUGUCUGCAGAGCGUUCCGAAAUUACCUGGAAGAUCGAGGAUUUCUUGAAAUCCACACUCCGAAACUGCAAGGCGGUGCCACCGAAGGCGGAGCAGACGUCUUCCAGGUCAACUAUUUUGGUCGCCCAGCUUUCCUAGCACAGAGUCCUCAGCUGGCUAAACAGAUGUGUGUCUCCGCAGAUUUUGGUAAAGUGUAUGAGAUUGGUCCAGUUUUUCGAGCUGAGAAUUCAAACACACCGCGGCAUAUGACCGAAUACACGGGCCUAGAUUUAGAAAUGGCGAUAAACAGACAUUACCACGAAGCUAUGUGGUUGAUAGACGCAUGCCUUAAGAGCAUCUUCAAGACUAUCUACGAUCGACAUCGAAAUGACCUGGAAGUCUUGAGACAACACUUCCCUCAUGAUGAUCUGAUUUGGCUUGAGAAAACUCCCCGACUUACAUUUGCGGAAGGUGCUCGAUUGUUAAAUGAAUCGGGCUGGAUGAACGAAGAUGGCAGUCAGCAGUCGGAAUACGAGGACCUAUCGACGAAGGCAGAACGAAGACUCGGCGAACUGGUUAAAGAGAAGUAUCACACUGACUACUACAUGUUGGACAAAUUCCCAACCGACGCCCGCCCGUUCUACACCAUGCCUGACCCGAAUAAUAACAAAGUCACCAACUCGUUCGACUUCUUUGUUCGCGGACAAGAGAUUCUUUCCGGCGGACAACGUGUGCAUGACUAUACCUUGCUGAGAGAACGAAUGGAAGGUUCCGGCAUGAAUCCCAGCUCAUUGAAGGAAUACAUGGAGGCUUUCGAAUGGGUUGCGCCACCACAUGCAGGGGCAGGAAUCGGACUUGAAAGAUUGGUUUCAUUGCUUCUCAAUCUCGGCAAUCUGCGUUUUGCGACACUCUUCCCCCGCGACCCCAAGAGUUUCCCAGCACCAAAGGAUAGUCAUCUGCGACAUCCUGAAGACAAUACUUUGGAGAGGCCUAAAGGUCAUCUUCCGCCCUUGGAAAACCUGGUGGCAAACUAUGGUGAUGCGACAAACACUUCCUGGAUGGAUGAGAGGUUCCAAAUCUGGAGAGACGACAAAACCGGAGCAGCCAUAGGCUAUGUUCCCAUUCGGAACCGCGCAAUCUGUGCCGGCAACCCUCUCUGUGACGCGAGGCAGCUGGAGGACGUGAUAACGGCGUUCCUUCACUGGCUCCGUCGAGAGACCAAGCUCAAGCCGCUCUUCAUCCUGGUGGACAAGGAGGUCGAGGAGGUCUUGGGUGAUAAGCUAGGAUGGAAAAGCUUUACUAAUGUGGCGGAACAGCGGGUCAACCUUGCGAACGACGAACACAUCAACGUGGACAAUGAUGUUGAACGCAAGAUCAGACACGCCAAGAAAGAUGGCGUCAAGGUGGUUGACUAUGGCAGCUCCGUUCCUGAAGACGUGCGCCAAAAGAUAGAAGCCCGGAUCAAGGAGUGGCAGCAAAGUCGUCAGGGAGCACAGGUCCACUUGAGUGAGAUCACCCCGUUCAUGGACAGUACUCAUCGGCGGUACUAUGUCGCAGAGGGCGAGCAGGGGAAGAUCCAUUCUCUGGUGGUGUUGGCGCAGCUCGCUCCACGGUAUGGGGUACAAGUGAAAUGGGCCCUGGAUUUCCCGGGCGCAAGCAACGGUUCAAUCGAGUAUACCGUACAGACAGCCUUGAGUACGGCGGCACAGUCGGGAUACAAAACGUGUACGUUCGGUGCCGGGGCGACAGCAAAGUUGACGACCGGACACAACAUGGGCAACAUCAGGUCGGCCGCACUGAACUCGAUCUAUCAAACUUUGGCUGCCAAGUUCCGUCUGGAACAGAAGACUGGCUUCCGUGCCAAAUUUAACAGUAUGGACGACCCGAUCUAUCUGUGUUAUCCGCCAAAGGGACUGGGACCGAGAGGCACUCGAGCAAUUGUGGAAUUCUUCCAAGCUGAAGGAGCUGACGGGAAUGAUGGAACGACUGAGACCAAUGGGGCAUAA